AUGGUUUUCGAGCACGCUCCUGUGACAGGGCUUCUCCUGGGCAUCUGUAGCAUCUCCACAAGCAUUGUGUCACAGCAGUACAUUACGCCGCAGCGUCAGGAUGUGUUGCCUGGCUGGAAGACGACCAUCAGGCGACUUCCACUGGAAUCCCUACCCUUUGGCUCUCUCGGUGUUUCUCUGACGGAUAUCAGUUGCGCCAUGGCGUUGCUCUUUCAGAUGCGGAUUCUUGAGCGACGCUGGGGAUCUGCACCCUUUCUUGCUUUCGUACUGACAACAGCGAUGGCUGGCUCGGUGCUGCUGAACGUAAUUGUCACAGAGUCCACCCCCUCGCUCUCUCUGGAGCAACUGCGCGUACUUUGUGGAGGAGGGUCUAUUGUCCCUCUAGUGGCGCUCGUAACGCGUCGCUUUAUGGAGGUUCCUUCGCUAUCCCAAUGGCGUGUUCCCGUGACAUCGAUAGUUUUGUCGGAGAAACUGUGGGUACUUCUUCCGCUUUUGCGGCUGUUAUUGUUUCCAGACACACAGAUUCGUGCGAGAACGCAGAAGCAGCGUGCCAUUCACGUGGACAUUGGUCUUUGGACACGUUUACUGCUGACCCUUUUUGGUGUUCUGCUUGGAAUUGCUACAACGAAGACGCGGCUGUUGUCGUGGUGGCUUGAUUUUUUUAGCCUCCGUGUUUGUCGUCCAUUCCUGAACUUCCUGCAACCUGUUUUGACUGCCAUUUUUGGCGCCAAGAAUGUUGUGGAACUUAGUGUCCCUCGACAGCACGGGAGUGGGCAGUCUGCUGGUGGAGGUCGUUAUACUGUGGACAAUAUUUCUGGAUUUAAUGGAAGCAGAGAUCAGCGGUAUCCAUCUGUGUAUUCUUAUGAUGAUUUUUCUUCCGCUGGGUCCCAAUUUCGUCAUCGUGAAAGGUUUUCUUCGAACAGUAGUAAUGCUAAUUUCAAUGCUUCAGAUGCCUCUCUAGAAGUACAAAUAGCACAUAUUAUGGAGCUUGGAAUGGGAUUUGAUGCUGAUGCUAUUCGAGCAGCAUUGAUUGCUGCUAAUGGUCAAGAAGAUGCCGCUGUAGAAAUUCUAGUUAACGGUAUGCGAGAUUAG